UUUGUUUUGUUUAAAGGGGUACACAUCAACAAAGCCCUAGAUCUAUGCUAUUCUAGAUCUAAGUUAGGUCUAUACCGUCUGAAUUUCUGUAUUUUGAAAACUUGAUGUCUAAAGAGACCCGAGGAUGAAGUGUCUACUGGUAGUCCGCAAUCCUAGCAUGCCAGACAUUGUCUUCAUGUGGAAUGAUUGUGAGUUCAAGAAACACCUAGCAAAAUCUGCCUUUGACAGAGGCCUAACAGAGCCUGAUGAGAUCCUUGGAGACCUAGACUUCAGCGUAGUGACCCAGUACUUCUCCCCCAUCAUAGCAUCUCAUGGGCUGCUCUCAUCGGAGAUGAACUGUCCAUACUCCAGCAUCACCUGUAAUAAUGAUUUCAUCUUUGUCAUGAAACAAUUUGGCCAGCACCUGUACAUUACAGUCAAUGGAGACGGAGAGGAAACGGAACAAUUCCUUCACAAAAAGCUGCUGGUCUUUCAUCGGAUUAUUCAGUUCUUCUUUGGUGCAUCAACAGAGCAGUUACGAAAGGAUAGUCCGAGUCAGAGAGAUGCAUUAUGGGAUACCUUAGGCUCCAUCUUGGACAGUUGGUGUGAGCUGUACCACAGGGAACAAUCUUUUCUCCUGGAGGCUGUAGAGACUCUAGAGGUCAACCAAACCCUGAAUGAACUCUGCAUCGGUCUCCUGGAAUCCGUCCUGCUCAAGUUCAGGUCAGCUGGAGACAAGAAUGCAGUCCAUGCCAUGUUGAUCACAGGAGCUAAGCUAUUGGCAUUAUAUUCAAGUCGCAAUGCAGCCGAGCUCCACCCAUCCGAUGUCCUCCUGAUCAUCAAUCUAGCCCGGUCACUCUACCCCGCCCCCAAGGGCCCACUACAGGAGAUGCAGGACGAGGCCCCGUCUCAGAGAGGAGGAGGGGGAGGAGGAGGAGGGGGAGGAGGAGGAGGAGGAUCAGACUGGGAGAACAGGCAGUCAGGGGUCUUCAGCGAUGGGGAGUUUCUGAGUGCUGGAGAGGGAGGAGGGUCAGAUGGGUCCCAAUACUACAGUCCAGCCAACACGCAUGAAGACCGUAGCCCUCUACCAUCGGAUGACCCAGAGGAAGACAAAUCAGAUGUCGGUACCAACCCUCCCCAAACUGAGUGUCAGCGAACAUCAGAGGGAGAGCAGCAAGGGGCAACAAUUUCCACAAGGUUGAAGGGGUCAGGUGAAGGUCAGAAGUCAGAGGACAUGAGUACAUCGGGGGAUUCUCACAUGGAGAGUUGGUGCGACCUUGCGGGGGGUCAUGGGGCGGACACGGCCAGCAUACCCUCCGUCGACCACACCCCAGGUGGGCGUGUCCCUGAACCCCCAAGCUCCAAAACCAUCUGGUAUACUCCAAUUGAAGGACCGAAACCUCGUGAUGCAGACACCAGUAGCACAUCGACCCUCAACUCCGAUCACCCGUCAACUCCGAUCAAAUCAGCCACAUCAACCCAAAACAGCACCCCAGGCAAUCAGCCUCAGAUGGCAUCCUCCUCAUCCUCUUCCCAGGCCUCUGCAAGCCGCCACUCCACUACAUCUCCAUCUCCAAGGGCGACCAGGAGGAGUAGAAGAGAGAAGAGAGGAGGAGGGACACUGGAAGAUGCUGCUCAGAUGACAGUAUUCCUUCAACAAUCUUGCCCAUGUAGCCCGCACGUUCUUCAUGUUGUGCGACUCUUACCAAGCAUCAUCUUGGUAGUGGUAACAGAGGUCAACAAUCAGGUCGCGACCUGGGUCAGUCACUGCUUGAAGCGUCUGAGUGACCUCUUGAAUGCCAUCUCUAGGACGGAGACCAGUGAGGCACUCCAUAGACAGAGCAGCGUUGGUAAACUGGAUGCGGAUCUCAAGCAGCUUGGCAAUGCCGUCAAGAAAUCAAGGAUCCAAGGUGUUCAGCAGGUUCACACAGAACUGAUCAAGCAGUGGAUGAUCGCUAAGGGGUGUGGCUUGACAACAAACCAAGGCUCCAGCGCUAAUAUGCCACCAAGACUGGAAUCCAUUCUCUCCGAAAUGAACAAGACCCUCAAGAGCAUCUUCACGCGCUGCUACAUCCUGCGCAACGCCCCCCUGGUGCGCGCCCCCUCCCGCUACCUACCGGUCAUCGGGGAUGUGCGUGUAUCCCUCAUAGAAUCACUGACCCUUUACCACGACUACCUAGCGGUGCGGGCUGAGCGCAACAUCACCAUGACCAACUACCUGGAGGACUUUCCCGGCCUGGUGCACUUCGUCCAUGUGAACAGGACUACGGAUCAGGUGUUGGCGCCCUCUAUCAAUUUCAGCUGUGAAUCGGAGCAUGUGGGUGGCCAGAAGAAGCUUCUCCAAGAGAAGGUUUGGGACAUGGUGGAACAGUGUCAUGAGAAACUGCAGCAAGGCUAUGUGAUGGAAACAGUUCGAGAGGGAGACUUCACACUCUCCUAUCUCCUAUACUUUGAAGACCCAAGCGGUCUCCUCGUGUUCAACAGAGGACUCCCCAGAAACACGAGGAGUCCGAUACCUGGUAUACUAGCCGGAAAGUAUUUCAGAGAAGUUGUGAGCCAUGCCUUUCCUGGGUUGUCUGGGGUGACGUGCUAUGAGCUGUUCUGCAUCCAUCUCUCGGUGGUGCCCUCACCGAUGAUAGCCAAUCACGUCCGUAGGUUGAGGAUCAUGCUCCGGUCGGGGGAUGCAAUCACUCCAGUUAAUCUCCUCUAAGACAGCUAUGAUGUCUACAGCGUUGUAGCCCUCACCAAUGAUAGCCAACCAUGUCCGUAGGUGAAGGAUCAUGCUCCGUUCGGGGGAUGCAAUCACUCCAGUUAAUCUCCUCUAAGACAGCUAUGAUGUCUACAGCCAAUCAUGUCCGUAGGUUGAGGAUCAUGAUCUGUUCGGGGGAUGCAAUCACUCCAGUUAAUCUCCUCUAAGACAGCUAUGAUGUCUACAGCCAAUCAUGUCCGUAGGUUGAGGAUCAUGAUGUGUUCGGGGGAUGCAAUCACUCCAGUUAAUCUCCUUUAAGACAGCUAUGAAGUCUACAGCCAAUCAUGUCCAUGGGUUGAGGAUCAUGCUCCGUUCGGGCGAUGCAAUCACUCCAGUUAAUCUCUUCUAAGACAGCUAUGAAGUCUACAGCCAAUAAUGUCCGUAGGUUGAGGAUCAUGCUGCGUUCGGGGGAUGCAAUCACUCCACUUAAUCUCCUGUAAGACAGCUAUGAAGUCUACAGCCAAUCACGUCUGUAGGUUGAGGAUCAUGCUGCGUUCGUGGGAUGCAAUCACUCCAGUUAAUCUCCUGUAAGACAGCUAUGAAGUCUACAGCCAAUCACGUCUGUAGGUUGAGGAUCGUGCUGCGUUCGGGGGAUGCAAUCACUCCAGUUAAUCUCCUCUAAGACAGCUAUGAUGUCUUCAGCGCUGUAAAGAUAUUACCCUGGGCCCUGUUUCAUGAAACUUGAUAUCAAUAACAAGUUACAAGCUACUGUUAUAAGCUACUGAAAUCAUGGCAUCUGAUUGGCUGAGAGCAAAUUUGUCUUAGAAUUUUAGCAGUUGUUAUAGAUAACAAGUUUUAUGAAACGGACCCCAGGACAUUCGACUCAGCUUGGUGUAACACACAUGGUACAUGUAUGCACUUUCUCCGUUCAGUAAAGAGUAUUCUAGCACUUUUUUUAAAGAGAUACUCACAAUGCCGAACAGACCACGUGACUCAAAUCCAACCUGGUAAUCAUUGAACACCUGGGCGAAGGUACCAUGCCAUCAUCAAUAAUGAUCUGUCAGUUUAUGACAGGUUCAGUGACCCAGUCAGAAUUCUACAUCAAGUGUCUCUCCAAGUACCUCGGUCUUCAGCGUAUUCUGUUAUUCAUAUUCUGUUGCUCCACAUUCUGUGAUUAAAUCAUCUAGAAAGUCUUUACGAUGUCUACCCCUCAUCUUCUUUCCAUGUAGACGACCUUCUAUGACUCAGGGCCAGUAUUCAGUUCAACACUUAGAAUAAGUAAGAAAUACUAACUAUAAGUAAGAAUAACUAAGUAAAUGGCUAAGCUAAAUAGUUUACUUAUCUCGUAUUCAAAUCGCAUUUUUAGACUUUUACUUACUGAGACAAAAUCUCAGUAAAAUACUUACUGAUAAGCAUUGGUGGCAUCACACAGUCAAUCAAAAGUAAUGCAGAUUGAUGCGUCACAAUAAAUGUGCGCUAAUAUAAUUGUGAGCAGGUUAUAAUACUGCGUAAGAAAACCAUAUGCCUGCCAAUCAAGGCCUCCAGAUAAUUGGCUUAAGUCUGGUAGGGAGCUGUCUUAAAUUUAGGGUUAAAUACUAAGCCAAAAAGUUUGAAUUUAGUACCAAAAUUGGCUAAGUAUUUUAUCUAAGCCAAAUACUAAGUACUUAAGUAUUGAAUAGAAUACAGGUCCUGAUGAUCAAUGACAUGACUCGUAUACUCGGUCAAGUGUUUAAAAAAAAACUUACCAAGGGAUUUAGUUCCAUGAGGUAGCAAUAUGUUGGAAUUAGGUAGGACUAUAGAGGCCUGGAUAAGCUAGAGCUUAGAAAAUAAUACUCUCAGUGCAAAAUCAGUGCAACUUGUGAAAUUAAUCUAUCUAUAUGCGGAGGUGACGUGAUGUGCUAAACAAAUAAAGUGGAACAGAUGCAUGAGUUUGUUUUGCUCUAAAUGUUUGGUGUUUCUUGCCACUAUACACUUAUCAAAUAUUAGCCUUACAUGCAACUUUCACAUUAGUUCAUAUUGAUGCAGAGUUGAGCGUGGGGGUCAUCCAAAGUUCUCUUGCUUUGAUUGUUUAGAACCAGAACAAAUGUGCACAAGCGUAC